AUGUCACCACCACCCCCCCUCACAACCUUCAAAGCCCUCUCCUUCGACUGCUACGGCACCCUCAUAGACUGGGAAACCGGCCUCACCACCGACCUCACCCCCAUAACCUCCCAACUCCCCCCUUCCCACCCCCUCAACGCAACCCCCCUCUCCGCAGUCCAACGCUUCGACCACCACCAAGUCCACCUCUGGAAAACCCAGCCCACCCUCCCCUACAACCUCACCCUCUCCGAAUGCUUCCGCCUCCUAGCCCGCGAGGUCAACGUCCCCUUUGACGAGUCCGACGCCCUCAACGCAGGCUCCGGACCCGGCCGCUGGUCUCCCUUCCCCGACACCAUCCAAGCGCUGCAAAUUCUCGCCAAGCACUACAAGCUCAUCGUCCUCUCCAACGUCAACGACGACAACAUCGCAUCAACGAUCAGCAAUUCCCUGAAGGGCAAGGUGAGAUUUGAUGCGGUGUACACCGCGCAAAAAAUCGGGAGUUACAAACCCUCCCUGCAUAACUUUGAGUACCUGUUCAAACACGCCAGGGAGGAGCUGGGGGUGGAUAAGGCCAAAGGGGAACUGCUCCAUGUGGCGAGGAGUCUGACGGCUGAUCAUGUGCCUGCCAAGGAGGUCGGGUUGAGGAGCGUGUUUAUCGCGAGAGGGGGGACUGAUCCCAAGAACUACGGCACGGGCGGCAACCUGGAGGAGCUGUCCCGCAAGGGCAAGGUAGCCUUCGAGUGGACGUUUGAGACCUUGGGAGAUUUUGCCGAAGAGGUGGAAAGACAGUUUGCCGCGUUGGAAAAGGAGCAAAACUGA